CCGUGAUUAGGUCAACAAUUUUUCUUGUAAUUGUCUGACGGCUACGAAACAUCAUGGCGUCCAAAGAUACGGAACCGAUGUCACGGUUACUGAAACUCGCUCGAAAAUGCAAUUGCUUUUAUCUGUCAGGUUUUCAUUCUGGAGAUUACAGAGCAUUCGUAGUCGAUGGACAACAAAUUGGUCUUAUAAGACCAGAUGUUCUGAAAGAACUGUUAAAUUAUCCACAGGUUUUUCAAGUCCAACCAGAAUAUGUUCAACUGAACCCAGCUUUUAGGCAUUAUGCUGAAAGAAGUGCUAGGGUUGACGAAGUACUUAGGGAGUGGCGAGCUGGAGGGAAAUUUAUCACUCUACUAGGUUGGCGAGAUGAAUAUUACGAUGUUCGAUCACAAUUUAACACACCACCUCUAUUUAAAAUGGAUCGGUCUGCAACAUGUUUAUUUGGAAUAAGAAAAUAUGGAGUGGAUAUAAAUGGAUAUGUAAUGGAUCCUGUAAAAGGUCUAUCGAUCUGGUUACAAAAACGAAGCUCAAGUAAAGAGACAUGGCCAGGAUAUUGGGAUAAUAUGGUGAGCGGUGGAUUGAGUGUGGGUUUUGGUAUCCAUGAAACAGGAAUUAAAGAAGCUGGAGAAGAAGCCAGUAUCCCCCAAAAUCUUCUUGCAAAAUUAAAAAGUGCAGGCUGUGUAUCUUUAUUUUUUGAGAGUGAAAAGGGUUUGUUCCCCAACACAGAAUUCGUUUAUGACCUUGAAUUACCGCCAGAGUUUGUGCCCAGCAAUAGUGAUGGUGAAGUAGAAACGUUCGAAUUACUUCCUGUGAAGGAAUGUCUAGAAAGAGUGCUGUCUUCACAUUUUAAGACCACAUCUGUUCCAGUAGCUUUAGACUUUUUUAUUAGACAUGGUUACAUAACGGCAGAAAAUGAGCCAAAUUUUAUUCAAAUUGUGGAGUUACUGCAUGUUCCAUUGCAGACGAUGUACAAUCAGCCUCAAAGAAAAUAUAAAAUAGCUGCCAAUGGUGAAGCUACCGACGCUCUAUAAAAAACUUAGUUUAAACCUAGGUACUAAUUUCUAACGCGUUAAGGCUCCAAAUCUGAUAAUAUGAAUAUGCUCUUUUCCUACUCUGCCUACAUUUUCAGGAUCCAACGAGCAUUUUUCCAGUUGAUUUUAUAAAUAAUGUACACUAUUAUAUGAAGUAUUUAUUGUAGCAAUAGAUUACUUUGUAGAUCGAUUCACGGUUGAAAGCAGGUUUCUAACAGCCGACGAUAUAGGUUGAAUUCUGAAAUGUAUUUGGAAACAAAAUUUGUAAUAGAUCAAUCGGAGAUGCUGUUCAUUAUUUAGGACUUGAUGCCUUAACGCGGCGUUCAUCCAACGACCAUAAACGUUGGGACGGAGAAUGGACUUUCGUGUGAUAUCUACGGGAAAGUAUAAAACUGAAUGCAGUUCUUUAAAAGUAUUUCUCCAAAGUAAGAGUAUAACUAUGUUUCCGAUUGGGAUUUAAAUCUUGUUUUUUCCUACGUUACUCAAAUCAUAGUUACUGCUCAAGCUCUGACAAAAUACAAUCUGUUCUUUAAUUCACAUUAUAAUAAUUUAGCGAUGUACAUACCCUUACGCGUUACUCCGUUUUAAAACGGGAAUAUCGAUUAAGAACUGAAUCGUACAAAAAUCGUUGUUUUUAUAUUAGUUGCUGGACGUACAAGAAAAUAAUUUAUUAUGAUGUGAAUUAAUCAAUAUAUACAUGUUGGAGGCCAAAGUAUUAAGACUGCAUUCCGAGUAGUAAGUUUAAAUGGGGAAAUUCUGUUUUAAGGAACGGCAAAUGGAAAUGCUCUUUCUUGGACUUGAAAUUGCACUUUUUUACUAAGAUCAUGUAAGGUCGCGAUAAACAUAAGUCCAUUCGCAAUUAUACACUACCGAAUGACCUAUAAGCUGUUUUGAUAUAUUAGAAAAUUAGCAGUUAAAUCCUGAAUGGGGUUUAUUUGUUUGAUAAUGCAAUUUUACUGUUAACAAAGAGGAAUCGAACGUAGCAUUUUUUUAUUUACAAUGAAUAGCUUUCGUGAGAGGGAACAAAAGUAUUUGUGUUAUUUAUCGUAGAUUAUAUUAGAUAGGUUUUUGAAUUGAAAAUGUGAAAUCGAAGACAGAGGUUUUAAUGAAAGUUGCAAGACGUUAUGGAAAUUGAUAAAUACGGAAAAGACGCAUAAGUAUUGAUAUUAUGCAAUUAUGUUUUUCUUUCUGACAAUAAUGAAGGUACUGCCGAAUGAAUGGAUUGAAUGCCCCCCCCCCCAUAUCAUUUUAAAGAUAUUUGAGAGUAACAGAGCUGGGCAGUAUUUGAAAUAAAACUGUGUCAAAUAUCAAUUAACAUACAAUAAUCAGAUAAAAAUUUGCUAAUAUUUAAGAUUCUUAUGUUUGGAGAUAACAACAGAAUCUAUAAAUAUACAAUUCAUAUAUUCACAAUAAUUAUUUGAAAAAGCUAAAUUUAAAUAAUCCUUGGAAAAUUUUGCUCAAAAAUACGGUACAGUAGAAUAAUAACUAAAGGAACAUGAAAUAUGGAAAUCAAUCAGUCAAAAAGUAUAUGACGUGUGAUUUAUUGUUUCCCCAACAAAAAGUAAGUAAUGUCGAUUCAGAGCACCAUAUAAGGUAGGAACUGACUGUAGUUAAAUAUUUCAUUUUUCCAUGACAGAACAUUUUUAAAAUCUACCUUAUAUUGUCCAAAUAUAAAUAUGAUCCAUGAAAAGUGUCCUAUUCUUAUUUCAAAUAGUGUUUUGCACAGCUCUGAUGGUAGAGUUCAGAUUUUCAGUACCUUCUGGCUCACGAUCUUCCCAUUGAAGUGUAGGAACCAAUUUAAAAUGUUAUUGCAUUAAUGUUUUUACUCUUAACUCUUUUUUCGCCAUACCGAUAUGAUAGAAUGUGAUGGUUAACGAGUUAAGAAAGCAAGCAAACAAAAAUGCCUUCCCUUAAGAAAUUGAUAUGCUCUUGCGUCAUUAUUCUUUUUCAGUAUUCCGAAAAUGACUUGAGAUUUUUCUACCAUCAUUAAAAAGGGUAACAGAUGCAUUUAUACUGCAUGUGUUAUCCAAAAAUCAAGACUUUAGAUGAUAUAAAGAUAUAUCUGGCCGAUUGACAAAUCCAUUGCAAAGUUGUAUCUCAAGACCUCUGGAUAGACUUCGGAUAGUAUUUAAGUACGACGCAUUAGCUAUUAUCCUAGAGUAGAUCAUGUAACUUUAAUACUUUUUUAACAAAACAAAAUACUUGAUGUGCUAGUCACCACCACCACUUUGUUGUCUGUGAAUUUGAAAUUUACAUUUAUGGAUUUACAUAACUAAAAAGUGUAUG